GCUUUUAGGAGGAUGCCCUUUGGAUUGUGCAACGCCCCUGCGACAUUUCAACGUUGCAUGAUGGCUAUCUUUUCUGACAUGGUGGAAGAUAUAAUGGAAGUAUUUAUGGAUGACUUUUCAGUUUUUGGUACAUCUUUUGAUCAUUGUUUGCAUAACUUAGCUCUUGUUUUGCAGAGAUGUGAAGAUAAGAAUCUGGUCCUGAACUGGGAGAAGUGCCAUUUCAUGGUUCAAGAAGGGAUCGUGCUGGGCCAUAGAGUUUUUCUGGGACAUGCGGGAUUUUAUAGAAGAUUUAUUAAGGAUUUCUCUAAACUCACUAAACCUUUAUGUAAUCUUCUUGAGAAAAAUUCUGCAUUUGACUUUGAUGUUGUUUGUUUGCAGGCCUUUAAUGCACUCAAGGAGAAGCUAAUUUCAGCACCAAUUGUGAUUGUGCCUGAUUUGAGUCAACCUUUUGAAAUUAUGUGCGAUGCAAGUGACUUUGCAAUUGGAGCAGUGUUGGGCCAAAGCCGGACAUUGAAUGAAGCCCAGUUAAAUUAUACAACAACUGAGAAGGAGAUGCUUGCCGUGGUGUUUGCUUGUGACAAAUUUCGGUCCUACCUCAUUGGGACAAAGGUGAUAGUGUUCACUGAUCAUGCAGCACUUCGCUAUUUGUUUGGCAAGAAGGAUGCUAAGCCUAGGCUAAUUCGUUGGAUCCUCCUUCUUCAAGAAUUUGAUUUGGAGAUUCGCGACAAGAAGGGAAGUGAAAAUUUAGUGGCUGACCAUCUCUCUCGGUUAGAGCAAGAGGAAGAAAGACUAGAUUCAGUGGUCCAAGAGGCAUUCCCUGAUGAGCAGUUGUUUGCAUGUGAGAUCAAGCUUCCGUGGUAUGCUGAUAUUGUUAAUUAUCUAGCUUGUAAGGUUUUACCACCUGAUCUUACUUACCAUCAACGUAAGAAAUUUUUGCAUGAUUUGUUUGAUGUUUGGGGAAUAGAUUUUAUGGGGCGUUUUCCUCCUUCUUUUGGUUUUGCUUAUAUCUUGCUAGCAGUUGACUAUGUGUCAAAAUGGGUGGAAGCAAUUGCUACAACAACAAAUGAUGCAAAGGUAGCUCUCAAAUUUCUGCACAAGAACAUAUUCACAAGAUUUGGCACUCCACGAGCUAUUAUUAGUGAUGAAGGGACUCACUUUUGCAACAAGUUAUUUGAGAAUCUUCUUUCUAAAUAUGGUGUGAAGCACAAGAUAGCACUUGCUUACCAUCCUCAAACUAAUGGCCAAGCUGAAAUUUCAAAUAGAGAGAUCAAGAACAUCCUUGAGAAGAUGGUCAAAAUCAAUAGAAAGGAUUGGGCGAAGAAGCUUGAUGAUGCUCUGUGGGCGUACCGUACAGCCUUUAAAACACCUAUCGGGAUGUCUCCAUACCGAUUAGUGUUUGGAAAGGCAUGUCAUCUUCCUGUAGAGUUGGAGCAUAGAGCUUAUUGGGCUGUGAAAAAGUUUAACUUUGAUUUGAAGGCAGCAGGUGAAAAGCGACUUCUUCAAUUGAAUGAGAUGGAAGAGUUUCGGAAUGAUGCAUAUGAAAAUGCCAAGAUCUAUAAAGAAAGGACGAAGAAGUGGCAUGACAAACAGAUUAUUAGGCGAGAGUUUGCUCCGGGACAACAAGUUUUACUCUUCAAUUCACGACUCAAACUCUUCCCAGGAAAGUUAAAAUCAAGAUGGACGGGUCCUUAUACAAUUCAUGAAGCUUUCUCUUUUGGAGCAGUAGAUUUGAAGGACAAGGCGGGGAAUAUUUUCAGAGUUAAUGGUCAAAGAUUGAAGCAC